UGUGGCCAUGUACUGCCUACCUGCACCUUCAACUCACUGCCUCAAGCUCCUCACAUCCAACGCAUCUGAUUCCUCCCAACAUGCUCUUCUUCCUACAGUCCCUGCCUUGAAUGUCAUCAGAUGAGAAAUUGUCACCUCCAGUUUUGCCACAUGACUCCGAUCGAGGCAGCUCUGUCUCAUCUGAGCUUCAGGAAGAGUAUGAAGAAUUGCUUCGUUAUGCUAUAGUCACUCCAAAUAUCGAAUCCAGCACUUUGCAGUCUUCUCAUCCUAAGGAAGAAGUGGUGCCAGAUGUUAGAGUUCCUACUGUGACUGAUGACAUUCUUCAUAAUCAAGCAGAAAAGCCUGUAGUAAAAGAAACUGGAAUGGAUGUUGGAAACGGAUGUGAUUUAAAUGUAUCAAUUCGUACAAAGACGGAUGGGUUAUCACCAGUGUCUUCACCAAGGAAGCCCACCCACCCCGUCAUGGAUUUCUUCAGCUCACAUCUGUUAGAUGACUCUUCCUCUCCAGCCUCUGUUUCUAGUCAUGCAACCGAUCUCCACGAAGUGGUUGUGAAUAAUUUCCUUAUUUCUGAUGAAAACCUUCAGAAGAUGGAAAAUGUACUUGAUCUUUGGAGUUCUGGUCUUAAGACAAAUGUCAUAUCUGAGCUAAGUAAAUGGAGACUUAAUUUUGUUGACUGGCAUCGGAUGGAAAUGAGAAAGGAAAAAGAAAAGCAUGCAGCGCAGUUCAAACAACUGUACAACCAGAUCAGUGACCUGAAGGAACUGCAGAAAGCUUACGAGGUCUCCACCAGAAGAAAAGAUGAGGUGAUUUCCAGCUUGUCUCAGGCCAUCGGCAAGCAAAAGGAAAGGAUCGAGUUGGUGAGGACGUUCUUCCACUGGCGAAUUGGCCAUGUCAAAUCCAGACAGGAUAUUUAUGAAAGUAAACUAGCUGACCAGCACUUCCGGAGGACUCUGUUGAAGAAAGUCUGGAAGGCCUGGCACUCCACGAUCCAAAGGCAAUGGAAAGAGGUAGUGGAACGAGCAUGCCAAGCAAGAGCGGAAGAAGUGUGUGUCCAGAUAUCCAAUGAUUAUGAAAACAAAGUUGCUAUGUUAUCUGGAGCUUUGGAAAAUGCAAAAGCUGAGAUCCAAAGAAUGCAGCAUGAAAAAGAGCACUUUGAAGAUUCCAUGAAAAAAGCUUUCAUGAGGGGAGUGUGUGCAUUAAAUCUCGAAGCCAUGACUAUAUUCCAAAACAGAAAUGAUGCAGGGAUGGACAGCACCGAUACUCAAAGGGAAGACUCUGGGCCCGGUGUUCGAGUGAAAGAACCCUCUGCUCAUGUGGACCUCACCGUGCCUCUGGGGCCCUCAGGACUUGGGCCACCGCCACGGCCCCCAACACCCGCAGCACCCACGACAGUGGGAACGGCCAGUGCUGCCGCUGCCGCCCCCUCUGCGGCUUCCGUCACUUCUGCUGGCACUGCUUCUGCUUUUUCCCUUCACAUGCCGGUUCCUCUUGUGGUGGCCGCGGCGGCCGCAGCUCCUGCUGCACCAGAAGAAAUGUACGUGCCAAGAGUUGUGAUAUCUGCCCAACAGAAAGCUGGAAGAACAAUCACCGCCCGGGUCACAGGGAAAUGUGAUUUUGCUUCAAAGAACAGAAUCAGUAGUGGCUUAGCUAUAAUGGGGGUUUCUCCUCCCAUGAGCUCAGUUGUUGUGGAAAAGCAUCAUCCCGUCACAAUGCAAACCAUUCCUCAGGCGACUGCAGCUAAAUAUCCCCGGGCCAUUCACCACGAAAGUAGUACCUCAGCUGCCAGGUCUCUGGGAGCCCGGUCAGCUCAGGCGCCGUCUCUCACAAGCAUUCAUUCCAUCAAAGUCGUGGACUGACGCGGAUCUGUGCAUCGUGAGGUCUGUUAGCGCCCCUGCUUUACCACAGGUGGGAAGUCAUGGUUGAAAAGGUUGGUGUAUUCCCAGCACACCAUGGUCACAUCAUGUUCAUCUUUUCAGAAUUACCAGAGACUCAAGCUCUGCCAUCCAUCCUUUGUACCUACAUGUAGAAAUUAUUUUAAUGUUAUUUUUUAUUUAAGCAAUUAAGUAAAACGUUCUAAAUUAAAAGAGAAA